AUGGCUUGGAGUGAGCUCCUAUGGGAGUACCUGGCAGCAGUGCGCAGGACUCCACAAAUCUUCGCCCGCAUUGGUUUCAGAAAGCGAACCCUGGAAGACUGCCUGAAUGACGCCCUGCUGCAAGGCACCCUGCGCAAGGUCUUCAGUGGGCUGGACCUCCUCAUGCUGGGCCUGGGCAUCACCAUCGGCGCAGGAGUCUGGCAGCUCACCGGCUUGGCCGCAACCACCCUGGCAGGGCCGUCCAUCAUCAUCGCCUACCUGCUGGCCGGCACUUCGUGCACCGCUGCGGCGGCCUGCUAUGGAGAGCUGGCAGUGGAGUACCCCGUCGCCGGCGGCUCCUUCACGUACAUCAUGCUGACCUUUGGCGAGUUCCCCGCCUGGAUCGCGGUCUCCAACCAGAUGGGCAUCGAGGUGUUUGGCUCCGCCGCGCUGGCCCGCUCCUUCUCCGCCUUCCUGGCCUCCAUGUGCGGCCAGCCCCCCACCUUCUUCACGCUGUCGGGCAGCCAUGGCGACGAGGACGACUGGAGCAUCGACCUGAUGGCAGGGGGGGUGACCCUGCUCAUCACACUGGUGUUGACGCUGUCGGGGCGGCUGUCUGGCAUCUUCAUCACCGGCGUCACCCUGGUCAAACUGGGCCUGAUCCUGUUCAUCCUGGUGGUCGCCUUCACCAAGGCGGACCCCUCCAACCUGCACCCCUUCUUCCGCGACGGCGACGUGGGGGGCAUGCUCAGCGCGGCCUCCAUCUUCGUCUACACCAUGACCGGCUUCGACUCCAUCUCCAACGCUGCGGAGGAGGCCAAGAACAUCGAUUCGCUGCCAUGGGCGAUGACGGGGGUCACCAUCACCGCCACCGUCCUGUACACGCUGCUGGCCCUGGCGCUGAGCAUGCUCCUGCCCGCCACUGCCAUCAGCGCCUCGGACGGCAUGGGCCACGACUUCUUGACCAUCGGCCUGCACUACAUGAAGUACGUCGUGGCCGUGGCCGCGGUUCUAGGCUCCUUCACGGGCCUCCUGGUGGGUCUGUACACCGCCUCGCGCAUCGCCAUGGUGGUGGCGCGCGACUGGAUGCUGCCGCCCUGGCUGGCCAAGAUCUCCACGCGCACCAACACGCCGGCGCGCGCCCAGAUCGGUCGUGGGCCCCUCAUCGCCGCCUUCUCCUCCGGCCAUUUCCUGGCGGACCUGGUCAGCUUUGGCCAGCUGCUGAGCAUCUGGUUUGUGGUGAACGCGCAGCUGUACAGGCGGUACUACCCGGGCGUCAAGCUGCGGUUCACACGGCACGGCACGGUGGAGACCAAUACAGCCCCCUCCCACGCCUGGGUUCCCGGCAGCCGCCUCGAUCUGUCCCUGGUCACCCGCCAGAUCCUGACGGGGGUGCACAUGGUGCUCAUCACCCUCGGUGCCACGGGUCUGGCAACCUGGUUCAGGACCACCACCGGGUCAGACCGGACGCUGCGCGUCGCCGGCUGCUCGGCUUUCUUCCUGCUCUACUUUUUGGCGGCGCUCUCCAUGCGCCUGCUCUGCCCACUGCAGUAUGAGCCUCAGCGCUGGCACGUCCCCGCUUUCCUCAUGCCCUGGCUCCCCGCCACCGCCAUUGGAAUGGUCCUUUUUGGGUGA